UAAGUAAAUCACAUCCACUGCCAUCCCAGAAUCAAGGUCCCUGCUCACCUUCUCAUAAAAAGAAAUUAUAACUAUAUGCUAUCAUCAAUAUUUUUGAAAUCUCCAAAUUGGGUGCAGCAAUUGUACAUUACAAAUUGGGGCAACUAUUCCUCAUUUUGAGUGCCUUAUUCAUCAAUUGAACAAUAUAACAUUACACAAGCUAAAGGAGUAGGGUUUUCCAAUUUGGAUUCGGUACAAUUUAAAGUGGGAAUGGAUUUAUUCUAGGAGUUGGUAGUUCACAUCCUAACCUCCAGUGUUUUUAAUAGUUUCAAACAAUCACGAUGAACUUAAGUUAUUUCAAAGGAAGGUUUGCCUGUUUUAAGUACCAUAAAAGUACCAUAAAAACAGUUGCACUUUUGCCGGUUCAUGAAAUUAAUUAACUUAUUUAUAUUGAUUCAUCAUGAAAUGGGUAAAAUUAUAUGUAACUUAUUAAUGUAUUCACGAUGAAUUUUUGUGGUUUGAGAAUGAAUGUAGGAGACGUAAAGUUAAUAAAAUUGAUCUAAUUAGAGAUACUUUUUUGUAUCAACACUUCUCACCAAUGAACCAUGAAUCACUGGCCUUGUUUUAAUUCCACUGGUGUCAUCAUGUUGUGCGGUUGGUUGAGUCACUGGCUUUAUGUUCAACUGGAGGGCAGAAUCAUAAUGAGAGAUUGUACCCCCAGGGGGUUUAGAAGAUGAGAAGAAUAUGGAGACUCUUCCACGCCAUGAAAGACUGCUGAUGUUUUGUAUCUUGGUUCUCGGCCUUGUGGAGGGGACGCAGUGCCAAACCCCAUGUGAAACCAAUGGAUUUUAUGCCAACUGCAAAGGGAGGAGUCUUGCCGCAGUCCCGAAGGACCUUCCCACUGCACUUGAGGAACUAGAUCUGUCCUACAAUAGGCUUUUCCAAAUAAAAAUAGAUGACUUUUCAUCUUUCACUAAUUUACGUGCCUUAAAUUUGAGUUAUAACAACAUUUCCUUUAUAGAAAAUGGCUCUUUUGCCUCCAAUACUCUUCUGAUCAACCUCACCCUGUUCAACAACAGCUUAACAGAGAUGCCUUCAGCCUUGUUUGAACCUCUACAGUUCCUGCAGGUUCUUGACAUUUCCAAUAAUUUCUACAGUUGCCCUACUCUUGGGGCAGAAUUCAGCAAGUUGGAGAAUCUACAAAGUUUGUCUGUUGGAGGCCCAUUAGUAAGUAAGGUCUUGAAAGGGGACUUUGCCCCCAUAAAGAACAUUAGCCUCCAGAAGUUUUCAUUGAAGACCAUGUCCAGCCUUGGGUUUUAUGAAAAGGGGGCGUUUUCAGUUCUCAACACUCAAACGUUAUGGUUGGAUAUUGCCCUUGAUACAAACCCACAAGCUCUGCCUCUAAUUUUAAAGGACCUGGCAGGCAAAUCAUUUAACAGCCUCCGUUUCCGAAACUUAUUCGAGUUUACUUAUUAUAUGGACGCCAUGGAUGUGUUCUCUGGCCUUGCGGACAUUUUCAUUGGGGAGUUGACCUUCUACCGUGGGAAAUUUAAUGAGAACCUGUUACGUCUGACCUUAAAAAAUGUGGAGAAGUCCAAUGUCCAAGACCUUUUACUGUUGUCUAUUGACUAUGCUCGCUCUCUGAGCACCAACAGGACAAGCGUAAGAAUUAAAGAUCUUGGUCUGCAAAAUCUAGUCAUCAAAGAUGUGACUAAUCCUGACAUCUUGAGGUUUGACUGGACAUUUACUUGGUUCAGUAGGGUGAGCCACCUCUACAUCAUCAACGUCAACUUUAAUUUUGUGCCCUGCGAUGCCUGGAGUCAGAUGGUCAGUGUUGAGAGGUUGGAUAUAUCCAGCAACCGCCUUUUGGCUUCGAACCUUUACAAUCUCUUGUGCCAGUACAGUGAACUACCCAACCUCCAUACGUUCAUAGCUGCAAACAACAACAUGCGCAGCCUGUAUACAAUCUCUUUAUUGACAUCAACUUGGCCAAAGCUGGACACUCUUGACCUGACGUCUAAUUACCUAGGAGCUCGCGAUGAGAUUUGUACUUGGACUCCUAAGAUAACAAAACUCAUUUUAAAGGACAACACGCUUAAAGUGGAGGUAUUCAAAUGCUUGCCCGUGACAGUAGAACAUCUAGACCUGUCCAACUCCCUGUUGGAACGACUAGACAUGGAUUAUUUCAACAGAAAUACAAACCUCAAAGAACUGAUUCUCAGCCAAAACAAGCUUAAAUUUAUAUCUAGAGACUGGAAGUGCCCAAACCUUCAGGUGCUGGCCUUAGAAGGCAACUCAUUUGGUGUCAUCGAUACAGGAUCUUUUAAAGAUCUGCCAGAGCUCAGAAGGUUGACGGCAGGAGAUAAUCCCUAUCAUUGCACUUGUGACCUUUAUGCAUUUUUCACAGAAACUCUAAAUGAGCGUAGAAUCAUACUUGCUGAUUGGCCCCAAGCAUAUUAUUGCUAUCACCCACCACAGCUUCUGGACACCAAAGUGGAAUUUUACACCCCUGGCCAAGUAGAGUGUGAUGUGAGACUGGUGGUGGCUAUUUCAGUAUCUAUUACAGCUGUGGUGGUUAUUCUAUGCAUGCUAGUGUGCUGGAGGUUUGACAUUCCAUGGUAUCUCCGGACAACAUGCAGCAUAGUGCAGUCCAAAUACCGUUCUAGGAGUUUUCGUGAUGGAGGAGAACACAACUAUCACGCCUUCAUCUCCUACAGCCACUCUGAUGCUGACUGGGUGAGAGCGGAGCUGCUUUAUCGGCUGGAGAACUGUAGCCCCCCGUACCGAAUCUGCAUUCACGAGAGAGACUUCCUCCCGGGCAAAUGGAUCAUUGACAACAUCAUCGAGAACAUCGAGAACAGCCGCAAGAUCAUCUUUGUUCUCUCCCACAACUUCGUCAACAGCGAGUGGUGCAAUUAUGAGCUGUACUUUGCCCACCAGAGGGCCAUUGGCCAUGCUUUUGAGGACGUCAUCUUGGUGGUCAAGGAGAAGGUCACUAUGGAAGACCUUCCGAAGAGGUUUCACAAGCUCAGGAAAAUGCUGAGAACCAAGACCUACCUUGAGUGGCCUUCAGAGCAGAACAGACAGCAUUUCUUUUGGAUUCAGCUCAAGAGCAUUUUGGGUAAGGUCAGCCCUCCUGUUACAAGCCAAGAGUCCCUGUCUGUGGUGAGUGAAACUGUUGCUUUCGGCUCAGGGACUCCAUCUGUAGAACUCAGCAAGGUGACUCUACCGUGCAGCUGAUCCUUAACUUGUUGAAGCGUAUCUUGUCUUUAUGGGGCUUCAGAGGUGACUCAUGAGCAUGAAACUAUACAUUAGUUUCCAUUUUAUAUGGAUUAUAAUGUUAUGGUCCUAUUCAUCUUGUGGGAUCAUUCCGCAGCCUGACUGCACUUACAAUAAUGAAACCCUUCCUAUGCUGAUGGAGAUAUCUCAAGUAACUUCUGAUCUCCUGCACCAGACCUGGAAACAUGGAGCCUGAUGUCUUCUCUCUGGUGUAAGAGUCUUCCCUCAUGUUGUUGCUUUGAGUUGCUCCAAGUUACAAGGAUUAAAGAGAUUGGCCAAGCCCAGGUGGGUUCUUCUGCACCAAUUACUUUAAUGGACACAAUAUUCCUUAUGGGUUAAAGCUAAGUUCACAUUUUCUAUUCACUGAGCACUUCGCAAUAUUGUCAGUCAAUCAUUCAUGUAAUGAGAAUUUCAUACUCACUUUUGUUUUAGGGUUUAUUUGGCCAAAUGGCAGCUCCAGUCCCUGAGAAUAUACAGUAUUAUUGGUUACAGCGCACUGGAUGCUGAGGUUAAUGGGAGUUAUAGUUCUGGCCUCCCAGUCCUAAAUCUGAAACCCAGUUAGGGUUGGGACAUGUGAGGCUAUCAAGGGAUGCUGGGAAUUGCAGUCCUGUCUAUGCCUCCUAAUAUAAAGGAUAUGUGUAUAGCUGGUUUAUAUACUCAUGAGCCUGUUACAUUUAACAUUUCCACUUGUAUUUAUUUUUUUUAUUAAAAAAGAAAAAUUUAUUAGGA